GGGACGGGCGGCGCCGAGGAGCCGCUACCACCGGCCGCCGUCCCUGCGCGCUGCGGGCCCUCCCUCACCCCCCAGUCCUGGGAGGCGGCGCCGGAGACCCAGCGGCCGGGACCGCGAAUCUAGAGUCUGCGGCGCUCGCCUGGCCAGAGUGGCAACUCGCAUCGUUUUGCAGAGCGGUCGCUCCCCUCCCGGUCCAGCUGGGACGCUAGGAAAGCGUCAGACUCGGUCUGUCACGGGAGCCCGCGCGUGGCGUGGCGUGGGAGAGCUGGGCUCGGCGGCGAGGGACUCGUUUCGCGCCUGGAGAGGCAGGAAGAGGGCGCGGGCGGAGCAUCCUCGGGCGGGGAUGCCGUGAAAACAUCACCACCGCAGCGGCAGACACAGUUUGGCGUUGUUUGUACGGAGUGGAUUUUCAGUGACGUGCGGUCUUGCUUAAGAGAAGAAAUGCCACCCCAGGAGCUCAGCCGGCGACUGGCCGCAGUGACCACGCAUGUCGAUGAAAUUCUACAGCAGGAGGUCAGGCCCUUGAUGGCAGUGGAGAUAAUAGAACAGCUUCACAGACAAUUUGCCAUUCUUUCAGGAGGCCGAGGGGAGGACGGCGCCCCCAUCAUCACGUUCCCUGAGUUUUCAGGGUUCAGACACAUCCCAGAUGAAGACUUCCUGAAUGUCAUGACCUACCUGACCAGCAUCCCCAGCGUGGAGGCUGCCAGCAUUGGAUUCGUUGUUGUUAUCGACAGACGAAGAGACAAGUGGAGCUCCGUGAAGGCGUCCUUGACACGAAUAGCUGUGGCAUUUCCAGGAAACUUACAGCUCAUAUUCAUCCUUCGUCCAUCUCGCUUUAUCCAGAGGACAUUCACUGACAUUGGCAUUAAAUACUAUCGAAACGAAUUUAAAACAAAGGUGCCGAUCAUCUUGUUAAACUCCGUCUCUGACCUUCAUGGCUACAUCGACAAAAGCCAGCUGACUCGGGAAUUAGGGGGGACUUUGGAAUAUCGCCACAGUCAGUGGGUAAAUCACCGCACUGCCAUCGAAAACUUUGCCUUGACCUUGAAGACCACUGUCCAGAUGCUGCAGACAUUCGGGGCCUCCCUGGCCACAACAGAGCUGCCCAGAAGCAUGCUAUCCACAGAAGACCUUCUCAUGUCCCACACGAGGCAGCGGGACAAGCUGCAGGAUGAGCUGAAAUUACUUGGAAAACAGGGGGCCACAUUGCUGUCAUGCAUCCAAGAACCAGCAACCAAAUAUCCCAACAGCAAACGCAAUCUCAAUCAACUUGAGAAUGCAGCUACCAUGGAAAGGUUAUUAGUUCAACUGCAUGAAACAGAAAAAGCCUUUAGUCAGUUCUGGUCUGAGCAUCAUCUGAAGCUUAACCAGUGCCUACAGCUGCAGCAUUUUGAGCACGAUUUUUGUAAGGUUAAGCUUGCCCUGGAUAAUUUGCUGGAAGAGCAAGCAGAGUUUACAGGCGUUGGAGACAGCGUGAUGCACGUGGAGCAGCUUCUUAAGGAACACAAAAAACUGGAGGAGAAAAGCCAGGAGCCCCUGGAAAAGGCCCAGCUGCUGGCACUGGUUGGGGACCAGCUCAUGCAAAGCCACCAUGAUGCAGCAGACACCAUCAGGCCCCGGUGCGUGGAGCUCAGGCACCUCUGUGACAAUUUCAUCAAUGAAAACAAGAAACAACGGGACGUUUUCGGAAAGUCCUUGGAGUUGCACAGACAGCUGGACAAGGUCAGUCAAUGGUGUGAGGCAGGAAUCUACCUGUUGGCUUCCCAAGCUGUAGACAAGUGCCAGUCUCGAGAGGGGGUUGACGUCGCCUUGAACGACAUUGCGACGUUCCUGGGCACAGCCAAGGAGGACCCGUUGCUCAGCCCCAAGGAGUUUUACGACGAGUUUGAAUUGCUGCUCACCCUCGAUGCAAAGGCCAAAGCCCAGCAAGUCCUGCAGAGGCUGGGUGAUGUGCAGGAAAUAUUUCACAAGAGGCAAGUGGGUCUGAUGAAACUGGCAGCCAAACAGACUCGUCCAGUGCAACCUGUGGCCCCACAUCCCGAGUCGUCACCAAAAUGGGUGUCAUCCAAAACCAGCCAGCCCCCCACCUCAGUCCCUCUAGCUCCUCCCCUGAGAACGUCUGAGGAGCCUCAUGCCGAGACUGAGUUGAACUCCUGGGGGAAGGAAGACCGUGAGGCUAACUCUGAAGUCAAGAAUGAAGUCUUUGAAAGCCAUCGUGAGAGAGGGAACCCUCAGCUGGAGCAGCUGGCCAGGCUCGGAGACCUUUCCCCCUGCAGGCGCAUUAUAUGUGACUUGCUGGAGACGGAAGAGAUUUAUAUAAAAGAGAUUAAAAGCAUAAUUGAUGGAUACAUCACUCCAAUGGAUUUUAUUUGGCUAAAGCAUCUAAUUCCAGACGUCCUUCAGAAUAACAAGGACCUUCUCUUUGGGAAUAUUAGAGAACUUUACGAAUUUCACAGCAGGACUUUUCUGAAAGAGUUGGAAAAGUGUGCUGAGAACCCUGAACUUCUGGCACAUUGCUUUCUCAAGAGAAGAGAAGAUCUUCAGAUAUAUUUUAAAUACCACAAGAAUCUGCCCCGAGCUAGGGCAAUAUGGCAAGAGUGUCAAGACUGCGCCUACUUUGGGGUAUGCCAGCGCCAACUGGAUCACAAGCUCUCUCUUUUUAAGUAUCUUAGAGGACCAAGCCAGAGGCUUCUAAAAUACCAGAUGCUGUUGAAGGGUCUGCUGGAUUUCAAGUCUCCUGAAGAUACAGAGAUAGACCCAAGUGAACUAGGAGGCUCGGCUAAGGAUGGGCCAAAGAGAACCAAGGAUUCAGCAUUCUCAACUGAACUACAGCAAGCUUUGGCAGUGAUAGAGGAUUUGAUCCAGUCCUGUGAGUUGGCUGUGGACCUAGCAGCAGUGACUGAAUAUCCGGAUGAUAUUGGAAAACUAGGUGAGCUGUUGCUGCACAGCCCUUUCAGCGUCUGGGCAAUUCACAAGGACCGUUAUAAAAUGAAGGAUUUGAUUCGAUUUAAGCCCAGUCAGAGGCAAGUCUACCUAUUUGAAAAGGGAAUCGUGUUCUGUAAGAUCCGAAUGGAGCCCGCGGACCAGGGACCAUCUCCUCGUUACAGCUUCAAGAAGUCCCUGAAGUUGAUGUCACUUUCAAUUCGCCAACUUGGAAGGGGGAGCCAUAGAAAGUUUGAGCUUGCCAACCGAAAUGGACUUGAGAAAUACAUCCUGCAGGCAGCUUCAAAAGAAAUCAGAGACUGUUGGUUUUCCAAAAUAAAUAAAUUAUUGAUGGAACAACAAAAUGACGUUAAAGACCAAGGAAAUCUACAGUUUGAAAUGGGCACUGGGAAAGGCAGUGGAGGAGUGGGCUGCGGACCAUGGAUUGAAGAUAUGGAAAGGGCUGCCACCAGCAAGGAAGACCCAGCCUCCAGCACAGGAGGGGUUAAAGGCUGCCCCAGCGGUGCGUUUAGCUCCAUGGACACCUUUGAAGGCUGUGAAGGUGCAGAAGGCAUGGAAAAGGAGAGCAGCGCUCUGAGUCUCGCCGGCCUUUUCCAGUCGGACGGGAGGCAAGAAACCUGUUCCCCCAAAUCCGCUUUCCUGGAGAGGGGAGAAAGCAGCCGGGGAGAAACAAGAGCGCGGUGCGGAGAAGCGUGAGUGUGAGCAAGGAAGGCUGAGCGCCUCCGCGGGCCACGGCGUCUCGGACUUUCUUCUGGGAAUUGCAGGGCGGCCGGCAGCUCCGAGGAGGAGCGCGCUGGGGCGUCCACGGGCCGGCUGGCGCCUGCGG